CGACGCAACAACGACGAGUGUGCCCCUCCUCACCCUCUUCUUGUUCCCUCUCCUCCGAGCCGCCCACGGUUUCUGGCGGGACGCCACUCGGAACAGAAGAGCGUAGAUGAGGGGCCCUGCCUCUCACGGCAAUAUUUACGCGCGGCAGCAACCAGCUGAGCGGCAGCGGCGCGGGGAUUUAAAAUAACUGCCCGUCCCCUUUCGCUGCGCUUGCCACCGACCAAGACGACGACGCGUCAAGAGUGGGGGGGAAGUCGACUCUUUUUUCACGAAUCGGGACGACCGACGUACGGAGACAGCUGGUCUAGCGUCGAGAGCACGCCUGGAGGGCACUUCAUCCGGCGUCCUUGGCCCACACCAGCCGACUGACUCGUGGCGUCUUCGCGCGGGCAAGACCCGGGGCCUGGCGUUCUUCGAUUCCUGUUUCGAGAGCAGAAGGGACAUGACGCCGACCAGUGCGGUGUCAGUGGUGACGGCCAGUCCUCACGGAAUAAUGUGUUGCCGUCCUAUCGUGGCAGUCCUCCUAUUCACUCUGUUCGCAGUGUUGGCCUGUGCGCCCGCGCACGCGGCGGCCGCCGCCUCCCCACAGCACGCGGAUUCUCAACCCACAACGACUUCUCCGCAGGCGUCAAAGUUCACGCGCUGGUCCCGCGCGACCAACACGCGCGAGCGGCUGUCUGCGGCGCUUAGCGGCGACCAGCCGGUGUUCAUAGAGGCCGACGUGGUGCUGAACAACGGCAUUCCCGUGCUGGAGCCGCCCCGUGGACGCCUGUGGGACGUGACGCUCAACGAGCUUCUCUACCAGGUCACCCAGAAGCCCAAGCGGGUGACGCUCAAGCUGAACAUGAGGAGUACCGAGGUGCUGCCCGAGGCGUUCGGAGUUCUCAUGGUGGCCUUGACCGAGAACCUGGUCGACCUGUGGAUUCACGCAGACGUCCUUUCCGGUUCAGCUGGCAAGCCGCCCGUGGAAGCGAACCUGUUCAUGCGCCAGAGCUCGCCGUUCCACCCAUUCGCCAUCGUCUCCCUGGGUUGGAACACCAAGCCCAAAGGGGCAUACUCCUGGGGACAGGUGGAAUCCAUGGCACGAUUGGUGAGCUGCGGGUACCCCUUCCUGUCUCGCGUGGCCUUCAAGGUUCGGGCAUCUAUGGUGGAGGCGUCUUUGGCGCAGCUCUCGUGGCUACUCGACGUGAUGCCCAACGCGACGCUCGUCGUCUGGUACGCGGACGGUGAAGCGCCGAACCCCAACGUGACGCACACUCUCCGCAAGGCAAGACCAUCGGCGCAUAUCGUCCAGGACCUGCCCCAGGAUCACCAGCUGGAGAACCUUAUGGAAGAAGCCGUUCCGGAAAUGGACGCUGAAGCCGGCAAGCACGAGAACGCUGCCAUCGGCUGGUCUGUGGAGGCGAACAACACUGCAAGCUGUCGGAAGGCGUCACUACUGGGACGCAACGCUGUCGUGCUUGGAGAUAACGGCGUCUCGAUGGUGCUUCCGGAAUCGUGGUCUAACUUUGAGGCCAAGUUGGAUCUGACCAAACCUCGCUCCCUGGCUGUGAGCAUAGGCGAUGAAAAGCUCGCCCUCGAGGGUUCCUGCUUCCAGCUAGUCCUUAACAGGAGUGGCCAGGAGGUGACAAGCCGCGCCUGGCCGACCACGUGCAAGAACCACGGCUCGUCGUCUUCCUCGUCGAAGAAACCGACAGCUCCAGCCAUGGUCAAGCAGUGGACAUACGGCGAGCCAGCGCCGCUCAAGCUACAACCUUCACCCGGUGCGGUCGUGUACGCCGUCCGGCUGCAAGAUCCACCGGAGGACUCGACGGGUGCGGCAUCGACAGUCGUCUCCACGUUGCUCCUUGUGUUCUUUGGCGUCCUCGCCGUGAAAGUGCCUGUGCUUUGAGCGGUGCUUGCCUGAACUGACGCAAUUGGUAGAAUAUGCCAGCUAGUACGUUGGCUGGGGAGGCGCACACAGCGAAGCAAACAGCGUAGGACUACACUAUACAUACGUCAGAAAGCGAAGGGUUGGAAGUGCUUGUACACUAACGGACAGCAGGGGUGGAACGGGGAAGAUUACUAGAAGGGGGGGGGGGUCAAAUGUCCUGUUUUUGUGGCACGGAAACAAAACAUUGCUGCCACUACGCCACAUCACGUACAGCGGCAGACCGAAGUCUGAAACUUGUGUGCCAUCACCGUAGUUGUAGACGUGACUUCGUUCCUAUGGCAAAAUGCCAGAGAAUGUGUACAGGAAAGUCGAGCUCUUGCGACAGGCGUAAAACACCUACCGUACCUUUAAAAGCCCAUCGUUAUUCGCUCAUUGGGAAGGUUCAAACGACAUGUGCGGCCUCUAUCGAAUUGCAAAGCCUUUAGCUAACCACGUCUACAGAUUCAACAUUUCUAAAGAGGUGUUCCAACUGUACUGAUAGUUUUCUUUUUCAUAUUCUGUUUUUCAGAAGACAAGAACGUAUGGCAGAAUAGCCUACAAUAAAAUCCAUCCUGUAGUUAUUACCAUGAUUCCAUCCUAUACUGUUCACAUUACUUCUCUAGUAAGAGAUCUGCCACAUCUAGGUUCACCCACACUUACGCCUGUGUAUACAAUGCGUGUGCUCUGCAUGCAUCCGACUUGGCCACAAACAUUCCGCAAUUUCAAGGAAAAUAAGUCUACUUCUCUGUCUAAAAACACCGGCUGGAUAUAAUAUUUCAUAACAAGCUCUACUUGUAAAGCCAACAUGAAAUAUCCCGUAAGGCAUUUUCAUUUCAAGGAAUAACCUUUCCAUGAUUCGCUAGUUCGUCACUUUCAGGCGACUUAAAGCGCACAGUCCAUGUUAACACGCUUCUUAUUUAUUUAAUACCUUUCAAUAGACAGGGUUUAAAAUAUCCCAAAAAAGGCGUUAUGUGUGGUUUAUAUAACUGGUUCUAUUCGAGCAUUUAAACAAAUAAUUGAUUUCUUGUUAGUUUAUGGUAGAAAUGGGCGUCAGCAAGCAAGAAAAUCAUGCCCACUACUACACAUUCUUGCCGUACAACACGCCAGAGUUCAACAUGAGCCUAUAGCUUGAGUAGAAAGGGUUUUCCCAAAGCAUAUAAGGUCGUUGGCGGCGCACUAAAUGUCCGACGCUGUUUGCUUCGCUAUAAACCCAUGCUAUUUGUGGUUUGUACAUAGUCCAUGUGACACUCACAAACACAGUUGGAUUUCUUUUCGCGCUGUAGAAGAUCUUUUUUUUUGUUGUUGUUGUUGAUCGUGUCGACGGAUGUGGGUUUCAAAAUAAUCUGACACACUCCAUGCGUUUAGGAGUAUAGAGCAAUAUUUUUUGCCGCACUAAAUGAAAGAGAAGCAUUAUAAUGAAAAUAUGUCAAAAACAAGAAAUAAAAUAUAAGAGGUUUCGGUUAAUCAACAGGUCUUACGAUACUAGUGUGCGCAAAUAAAGUGUUGCUUUUUGAUAGAUAUAUACAGCUAAUAGAAAGAGGGGAAAAAACAGGAACACGACUACGCAGGUUAUUCAAUUCGCAAUGAGUGUUUGCUAGGCUAUCUUUUGCUAAUCGCUGGUACUCAUAAUUUUUGUUCGUGUGAAACGUUUCGGUUUAUAUAAAGCAGCAUCACAACUUUACAUUAUGCUGCGCAUGUGCAAACUCUGCAUCCAUUUAUACUUCAUUUGGAUAGCCGUAUAAGUCACGUUUAAGUAUUACUAUUGCUACGCUCUCGGUCAAAGCCUGCAGUCGCACUAAAAUGUGGGCCUUCACACGUCUUUGUAACGAGCAAUUAUGCAGGGAGCUAUGAUUGUCUAUUACAGGAAAUUUACAUGCAUCUCAACGGUUUCUCAAGCCAAAUCUCAUUCCACUUUAAAUAUUCGCUGGAUGGUUUGACCAAGACCAGCAAUACACGUUGUGACAUAUUCCUAAUUGUCUUCAGUGGACUCGGUUUCGGGCUUGCAUAGGCUAUCUAGAAAGAAAUAAGCAAUCAUUACACGUUAUUCUAAGCAGUCUCGAUAAAAGCACAAAUAGAACUGAGUAUAGUAGAUAUAUUCCUUGAACACUUUUUGUUUGAUGCAUGUGAAAAGCAGGUCCACGCACAAUUUCGUUUUGCCGUUGCUAGCUUUACAAACAGCGUGAUGUGUAUCGACGGGCGACCGAACGUUAUGCAAACGACACAUAGCUUGACAUUAGUGCGUGAGCACGCUUUAACUACAAAUGUUGUGAUAAUAAAUUUUUAUCGAAAACGCACGUCGUUAUUACGUGUGCUUUCGUUGAAAAUCAUGAUAGCCACAUUGCGCAGGGUCGACGAAGUAUACGCUCCACGUAGACUUAAAUUAUGCAUAACUGCGGUGUGCUUUGACUCUCUUAAAAAAUGGAAUUGCUGCUAGGCUUUUAAGGGACCUUUCUUAACAUCCUGAACAGCUUGCUAGUAUAGGGACACUAAAUGAUGUUGCAUUAUUUUUAUCCUGUAUGUCUGUUGACGCGCGCGGUAUCUGGCAAUCUACUACGAAAGGGAAGUAGAACGUCUGAGCAAAGAUAUUUUUUGACUGCUAUUUUCCUAAGGUGUCCAAUACCGUUUCCAUACUUUUGCGUCGGCCACGAGACUCUCAGCGAUCGAUGACCUCAUCAUUGUCGGGUAUUACCAUAAGUAAACAUGUCUUGUGCGGGAACACGACAUAAGCGACCUGUCUUUGCUGAAAGCAAGAAAAUCGUCUAACGCUCUAAGCAUACUUGUGUAGUCCCGUUGUAUUAAGAUUUGGUGCCAAAUUCAUACAGUGGACACAACGAAGCGCUGUUGUUAUGUCGUUAUGUCGUGGAAAGUCAUUAAAUAAAGAUGGCUCGCAUUCGACUUCGGGCGGGUGCUCGCAGUAAUAAUACCGCUGUUCUAUACCCUGUGUCUCAUGUACAUAGUUGUAUGUGUCCGCAUUUCACUAAAUAAAAGUUUGUGUUUCGUUGUAACAACAAUAA